CCACUAGUCUAGGGCGUGGCUUGUAAUUUUAAUGGCUGACAAAAAGGAACGUACAGCAGCAUAGCAGUCCAGGAAUGAAGUUCAAUUCUAAAGAGUUAGCCUCGUUUGCCGCUUACAGGAUUGGCCGGGCCGAUAAAGAAGGCUCUCUAUGGAUGAGAGAGUCUGACGGAUACAUCAGAAAGAAAGAGAAUUAUUGUAAAAGGUGGUGCCUCCUAAGCGGUAAUCUGCUAUUCUACGCCAAAGAGGACUCUUCCAAUUCUCCACUGGUUGGUGUUAUUGUUUUAGAGAGAGCCCACGUAGAGAGUGAGGCAUUUUCUGGUAACAGGAAUGCCUUUAGACUAAUUUUUCAGAAUGGCUCCGAUGAUGAGUACUGGUUUUAUACUGAUUCUGCUCGGGAUGCUGAUGAGUGGAUUAGAAUAUUAAACUCGGCUAGUUAUGAAUUCUUAAGGAUACAGUUCAGCGAAUUAAGAGGACAAAUCAUGCACUUGACUGGAAAAGAUCCAUUUGGACAGGAAGGACCCGUCUCCAACUGGGCUGUCUCGCCAACCCUAUUACAGCAACCUAGCUCGGGAUAUGAUGGAGAGCCGAUAUUUGAGCUGCUUCUUUCCUGUAGCUCAUUGGUCGGUGGUGUUCGUGAUGUUUCCCCUCCCUCUCCUCUCAUUGUGACCAGCUGUAUGACCCCGCCUCAGGCCUAUUGGAUGAGAUACGCUCAAACAGAACUGGUUGAUAAAAGUUGUGAUCCACAGUUCACAACUCCAGUCGCUUUUUUUGACGGAAGCAUAUACACAGCCACUCAACUCAAAUUCGACGUCUUUGACGUUUGCAAUCGUGAAGAAGGAAUGAUGCGACCAUUGGGCCAGUGCCAAUGUACGGUACAAGAGUUGAUACGACAAACGGAUAAACUGCACAGAUUUGAAAUAAAGUAUGACGAUAUUCCGUCGGGGUAUUUAUUAAUAAAAACUAAAAUUAAUUGUGUUGCCAAGAAGCCUUCUGUUGAUUCUAGAUUUUCUCCUGAAACUCCGCCCACUAGCAGUAGCGAUACGUCCGAAUCUCUUCAAGUCUCCUCUUCUUACUCUUUUCGAUCUCCAAUUGAUAACAUGGUCGUGAGGUCUUUCAAAUUCCCUAAGCUCAACGAUGUGUCUACCGGUAUCAAUGUCACAGAGUCAAUGGGAGAAAGCCUUUUUACUUUUACUUUACCAAUGCAGAUAAUUGAAAUGUGUUUAGCAGAAGAGAAUGUGACUAUAGGUCAGUUUGGAUCACUAGUUGGAUUAUCGGAGCAUUGGGAGAUAAUUCGGCAGGAGGUGUGUCUCGAAUUACGCAAUCUCAUUGAGCAUUACUCGUCCUCGAGAGAAGCCAUGCAAGUGGAGGCGGAGCUGGGUAGGUUGUUCAAGAAGUCGGUUAUUAAGGACAAGAACACGCUCGAGUUUGUCCCGGUUAACUUACACGUACAAGAAAUGAAAGUAUCAGUUGGAAAAGAAGAAAAAGACCGUACAGUGUAUACUUGUGUCACUGUUGGGUGUCCCACUGCUUACAGUCUAAAGUAUCGACAAGGAGGAUUAGCUCGAAUGCAGUCCUCAGUACCUUUGCUAGCAUCAAGUACCACCUUUUCGCCAGCCACUGAGAACAAGUCAUACAGAGUCAAGCACUUAUUGAAGAGGUUCACCCAGCACCAAGCUAAUAUAAAAUUGCGCUCAAAGAAGCUAACGGCAGCUGCUGAGAGAGGAGACUACAAGGAGCUGAAGGGAGCCGUACAAGGAGUGGCUGAGUGUGUAGCCAUGCUGGAGAACCACUGUACUGUGACAAUGGUACAAGAGGCACUGAAGGACUGGUACAAGGCACUGGAUUUCACCGGAAUACCUUCUUUCAUAUCAAGUCUGUCAAGUCUAGAUCCGAAAUCAGUCCUUUCAGUGGUUGAGCAACACAUGGUGUGUGUGGAGGCUCAAGUUGACGGAGUAAUUACCAGUAAAUUAUCACCAGCUGAGUGCAAUUCUCAUCUAGAAGGGCCAGUAUCAGACCUAUUAAAGGCAAUAGAUCAGUGUAUGGAAGUGUUCCAGUCAGCAUUGUUCUUUGUCUUACUAAAGGAGCACUAUGCUCUUCAGAUCAGUAAAGUACCCAUUGGUUUGAAAGGUUUCAGACAUCGUCGUGAUAUUGUUUUUUCACACACUGUCACCACUGCUACCACUUCCUUUGUCAUGAAGGUCCUUCGCUCCAUCGGUUCUAAGCACUUUCUGACGCAAGUCCAAGAGAUCGGGUUCCUAAUUCACUGGGAGAGCCUCCUCUCUACCCAGGGGGACGAGAUGGGAAUGCUUGAGGAUUUCAUUACUGCCAUGCAUGAUCUAAACUCCCUUAAAUUUAGAUUUGUACAGGCUAAUUCUGCGAGUGACUUACCAAGAUGCAGUGGAACAAGGUAUAAGGUUGUUGUGGAUGUCCCGGUUCAGUCAGCAAUAUUCAGAAUACUGCCAAAGGAGCUAAGAGAUGGUCAUGAUAUAUCAACAGUAGCAGUUCUCUUUACACAGGGUGUUAAUGAGCAGCAGUCAUUAGCAGACACUUUUGGUGACACUCAUUUGCAAGAUCAGAUCAACAUUAAGAGUCUACAGAGACUAGUACAGUAUUAUGAGAAGUUUAAUCAGAGGUUUGGAUCGGUCGGCCUGCAGCUGUCACAGAGAGCCAAAGCAGUUGGGAACCUCCUGCAACAGCUUCGGACUCAAGUUCACGCUAGAAAAACUAAAAACACAGACAUAUUGACUCUUAGUGCUGAAUUAUGUCGGUUGUUGGACAGUGGCCGUAUCACCAGCUGUAAGAGUGCCAAGGAUAGGACAGCAAUGUCCGUCACUCUAGAGGAGGCACACAUACUGAUCAACGAAGGAAUGGAUCCGGCACAUUUUCAACAAACACUAGACAUAUUGAGAAGUCAAGGAACUCGUAUUCGUAAUGCUGAGAAGAAUGUUGGGGUCCCUCUUUAUGCCUUCAAUGCUCUCCAGGUUGUGACACUGCCCAAGAACUAUCGCCCACCCGAAGGAACCUACAAGAAACUACAGACCUAAUCUGAUCCUUAUUAAUAUUACAUACAUGAUUAUUAUUAUUAUUAUUAUUAUUAUUAUUAUUAUUAUUAUUAUUAUUAUUAUUAUUAUUUCUAUUAGAAUGUAUCAUACAACAUUUAUUUUGGUUGAUCUUUGUUGUUUUAAUCACUUUCAGUUUUAGCUCAUCGUGUUAUGAUUUAUGUCGU